AUGGUGGAUUUUUGGGUCCCACCACAUGACAAACUCCUGUUAUCUGAAAGGUCUAACCCUCAGUCAACUUUCUCUGUUAAUAAACCAGAAGAAGGUAUCCUUGAAUUCAUCAGUGUGGCAGUGGGACUGGUCAGUAUUAGAGGUGUUGACAGUGGCCUUUACCUUGGAAUGAAUGAGAAGGGAGAACUCUAUGGCUCUGAGAAACUAACUUCUGAAUGCAUCUUCAGGGAACAGUUUGAAGAAAACUGGUACAACACUUACUCGUCCAAUGUGUACAAACAUGGAGAUUCAGGAAGACGAUACUUUGUAGCACUUAACAAAGAUGGUACUCCCAGAGAUGGGGCAAGGUCCAAAAGACACCAGAAAUUCACACAUUUCUUGCCCCGGCCUGUGGAUCCUGAAAGAGUUCCAGAACUGUACAAAGAUGUGUUAGGAUACAGCUGA